ACCCAUUCACAUAAAACGCUGAGCUGCCGGCGGAAUCCCCGGCUUCUGGGGCGGCGAGUGGCCGGGCCGGGUGCCGAGCGUGAAGGGCGGGAAAGAAGAGUUGAGCGGUCGCUCCGGCGCCGGGCUCGGUCGGCCGGCCUCAGGCCCGCGGGUCGCCCUCCCGGGCCUCGCCGGCGGGCACCCUGGCUGUGGGCACCUGCGGGGCGCACUGCGCGGGGCCGCUGGGCGGCGGCGGCGGCAUGAAGGUCACGUCGCUCGACGGGCGCCAGCUGCGCAAGAUGCUCCGCAAGGAGGCUGCGGCGCGCUGUGUGGUGCUCGACUGCCGGCCCUACCUGGCCUUCGCCGCCUCGAGCGUGCGCGGCUCGCUCAACGUCAACCUCAACUCGGUGGUGUUGCGGCGGGCCCGCGGAGGCGCGGUGUCGGCGCGCUACGUGCUGCCGGACGAGGCGGCGCGCGCGCGGCUGCUGCAGGAGGGCGGCGGCGGCGUGGCGGCCGUGGUCGUGCUGGACCAGGGCAGCCGCCACUGGCAGAAGCUGCGCGAGGAGAGCGCCGCGCGCGUUGUGCUCACCUCGCUGCUCGCCUGUCUGCCCGCCGGCCCGCGGGUCUACUUCCUCAAAGGGGGAUAUGAGACUUUCCACUCGGAAUAUCCUGAGUGUUGCGUGGACGUAAAACCCAUUUCACCAGAGAAGGUUGAAACUGAGACAGCCCUCAUCAGUCAGUGUGGGAAGUCAGUGCUCAACAUCAGCUACAGGCCGGCUUAUGACCAGGGCGGCCCAGUCGAAAUCCUUCCGUUCCUGUACCUUGGAAGUGCCUACCAUGCGUCCAAGUGUGAGUUCCUCGCCAACCUGCACAUCACGGCUCUGCUGAAUGUCUCACGACGGACCUCUGAGGCCUGCACGACCCACCUACACUACAAAUGGAUCCCCGUGGAAGACAGCCAUGCGGCUAACAUCAGCUCCCACUUUCAAGAAGCAAUAGAUUUCAUUGACUGUGUCAGGGAAAAGGGAGGCAAGGUCCUGGUUCACUGUGAGGCUGGGAUCUCCCGCUCACCCACCAUCUGCAUGGCUUACCUCAUGAAGACCAAGCAGUUCCACCUAAAGGACGCCUUUGAUUACAUCAAGCAGAGGAGGAGUGUGGUCUCGCCCAACUUCAGCUUCAUGGGCCAGCUCCUACAGUAUGAGUCCGAGAUCCUGCCUUGCGCGCCUAGCCCCCAGGCUCCCUCCUCCCAAGGGGAGGCAGCCGGCCCUUCGUUCAUAGCCCAUUUACAGACACUGAGCCCUGACGUGCAGGGUUCCUACUGCACGUUCCCUACCUCGGUGCUGGCACCGUUGCCCACCCACUCAACGGUCUCAGAGCUCAGCCAGAGCCCCAUGGCCACAGCCACAUCCUGCUAAGACCAGAGUGGGAAAACCAGCCCAGCUCCAAGAACAACUGUGAUUUUGUAUUUUGACUCGUGGACAUUUCAUACGUGUGCAAUACUGAAGACCUCACUCUGUCCCGCUGUCCUGGUGGGACCAGUGAAGGGUCACCAGGUUUGCAAACAAACUUCAGACUGACCUCGGGGAUAGGUUCUUGGGACUGAAGGAAGGCCAAGCCAUUAUGAGAGCACAGCACGUGCUGACUACUGUAUUUCCAGACCCCCUGCCCUCAGGACUGCCCAGUCUUUGCACCUCAAAGUUUGCCUUUUCAUUUCAAGCAUAAGGCAAUAAAUACCUGCAGCAAUAUGAGAGAAAGCAGUUGCUGGACCAGGAGAAAAGGCAGUAACAAAGCCAAUUCAUUUUGAAGGAAGCACAAUUUCCACCUUAUUUUUUUAACUUUGGCAGUCUCCGUAUCUGUCUGUGUUGCUUCAGGGCAUAAGCUGAUCACCACCUAGUCAGGAAAGUAACCCUACAGGGUUUUAGGGACAUGAUGUAUAUGCUCGUUUGAACCCUCAGAUGUUUUUGAGACUCUGUCUUGGGUCAGGUGGAGUCAUUUGGGUGAAGUAGUGAGACAGUAACACUUCUGGUUUCCUCUUCACUGUGGGUUUUACCCUGACUUUGGACUUUGGCAUGAUUCUUACUCAUACUUGAACCUUUCUCGUUGCACCUCUCCUCAAAGCAACUCUGGCGUCAUUUGACAAGAGUUCUUUAGACCAUAGACCAACAAUCACCCCUUUGAGGUGGUGGCACUGGGUGCCAGGAGAGAAAGGGUACCCACUGUCUGAGUCAGUGGCAUUGAAACGGUUGUCACCCCAGCUUGCUGUCCUUACAUGUGCUUGUCUGGUCUCUGGUGACACUUGUUUUCUUCCCUGCCCCUUGGGGUUGUCUUCAAGCUGUUGACUUCUGGGAUUUGCAGAUUUCUCAAUGUGGUACUACUUCUUUUUUGUCUGUAGUUUAUUUCUCCAGGGGAAAAGGCAAUAAUUUCCUAAAAUCCAUAUGAAUGUGAAGAAAAGCAGUAUGUUACUGGUUGUUGAUGUUGUUGCUUUUUAUAGUGCAAAAUAAAAAUAGUAAGAAGAACAAAA